ACGGAAGGAAAAUCUCUCUCUCAAAGGGAAAAAAAAAUCGGAGCCAUCAUUUUCUUCAAUCUUCCUCGGUUGUCCCGUAUAGAAUGCGGAAUCUUCUUAGCGCCUAUUUCUCUCGCAGAACCCUUGUCUCUCUCUACAAUUUCUUCAUCUGGGUCUUCCGCAAUCUCCUCAAGACGUUCCCUUUGUCUCUCAUCAUGCCCCAAUUCGACGCAGACGCCGCCGUCACCGGCGCCGGUGCAUCUGCCUCGGCAGCUCCGCCGUCGGUGCCCAUCUCCUUUCCGAUCAAGACCUUAAAAGACCUGGAGUCUCGCUCUUACUUCGACUCCUUUCACUUCCCAUUCAACCGGAGUUCUGUUCCUCUCCGGCGAAACUCCGUUGACUUGCCGGACCGUCCGAGGAUUCUGGUCUGUCACGACAUGAAAGGUGGGUACGUCAACGACAAGUGGGUGCAAGGGUGCGAAAACGACGGGGGUUUUGCGAUAUGGCAUUGGUACUUGAUGGACAUUUUCGUCUAUUUCUCACACUCUUUGGUAACUCUGCCUCCUCCAUGUUGGGUCAACACUGCUCAUAGACAUGGCGUUAAGGUAUUGGGGACUUUCAUCACAGAAUGGGAUGAAGGGAAAGCUAUCUGCAAAGAGUUGCUCGAAACAGAGGAGUCUGCACAGAUGUAUGCAGAGCGGUUAUCAGAACUUGCUGCUGUUCUUGGAUACGAUGGGUGGCUGAUCAAUAUAGAGAAUGAGAUAGAAAUAGGGCAGAUUCCCAAUCUGAAGGUAUUUUUAGGCCACCUAACAAAGGUCAUGCAUUUGUCUGUGCCUGGGGCAUUGGUUAUAUGGUAUGACAGUGUCACGGUUCACGGCCAUCUCGAAUGGCAAGAUCAGCUGAAUGAAAAGAAUAAACCUUUCUUUGACAUAUGCGAUGGCAUAUUCAUGAACUAUACGUGGAAGGAAGACUACCCGAAAUUAUCAGCUGAAGUUUCCGGAGAUAGAAAAUACGAUGUGUAUAUGGGAAUAGAUGUUUUCGGAAGGAAUACCUUUGGUGGUGGACAGUGGACUACCAAUGUUGCUCUUGACGUGCUGAAGAAAAGCGACGUAUCUGCUGCUAUAUUUGCUCCUGGAUGGGUAUACGAAACCGGGCAACCACCUGAUUUUCUCACAGCUCAAAAUAAAUGGUGGUCACUUGUUGAGAAGUCAUGGGGAAUAGUUCAAACCUAUCCGGAAGCCUUACCGUUCUACUCUGAUUUCAAUCGGGGUUUUGGGCGUCAUGUUUCUCUUGGAGGUUCCCAGUUAUCAGAUUCUCCGUGGUACAAUCUUUCUUGCCAAAGUCUUCAGCCACUCCUUGAAUUCAAUGAAGAAAGUAACCCGGAUACCAUCCAGGUCAUCGUUGAUGCUCAGGAGGCAUCUUUCAACGGAGGAGGGAAUAUCAGUUUCAGAGGAAGACUUGAAGAAGAUGCAGUUUUCACAGCAAGACUCUUCAAACCACAGCUUCAGCUUUCUGAUUCCCCGAUUUUCGUUACCUUUUCUGUUAAGACAGAAGAGAAUUCUGAAUUGGGCAUUCAGCUUCACUUCUCAUCCCCAUCACAAGAAUCAAAAUCCUUACUUUUGGCGCCACGACGGGGAACCGAUGAAUCCAUUCCCGGUUUCAGCGACACAUGCAUACCUUUCCCCGUCUUAUCAUCAAAGACACCAUCCGGGUGGACGAUAUACCAUACGAGCCUCGUCAUGAACGGCCACACACUGACUGAGAUCUCCACAUUUUGCUCUCGACAUUGCAAACCCUCAACCGAGACACAGAGGCAAGAGUAUUUUGCAUUGCUAGGAUACAUCUCCAUCGAAGAUUCCUGUCCCGACCCAGAAAAGAACGGAUCUUUCCCUCCUGCAUCGUCAUGGAUCAUUGAGGCUCGUGACGUGGAACUUGUCCCGGGCGAGUCGGAGUCAGGUUCCAGGAACUUCAGAGGAAAGCUCGAAUGGAGACUGAAAUGCCCAGAUGAGUUCUUGUUUUCGAGGUACAAUGUGUAUGCAGAGAAGGGGAGGAAGAAGAAGAAUAAGAAGGGUGGGCUCGGGUCGAGGAAGCUUCUAGAAGGCGAAACGGGCGAGAGAACGUUCCUAGGAACUGCCCACGUGGAUGCCUUUUACAUCUCGGACUUGAUCAUCGAACCGGGUGUGGGGGAAGUCCGGUUCAGGCUUCAAGCUUGGUCCUUUGGUGACAGUUCUUGGCAGGAGCUUGAUGCUUCUCCUUACCUUCUAGUUGAUUUGGAAGGUCUUUAUGAUUUGAAUAAAAGAGUGUGGGGCCUAUAUCACCCGAUAUAUCCAGAGCCACCACGAGCAGUCCACGCGCCAUUUCGUGUCCGUCUACGUGUCACUUUCUCACUUCACCACAUCGUCACCGUCACUCUCUCUCUUAAAGCCACCGUUCAUCGUCAACUGUUUCCUAAAUCUUUCUCUAUAACGAUGAUGUUGCUCAAGGCUUCUCCGGCUAUCUCUCCCUUGAAUUCCGGCGUCGAUGAGAUUCGUCUUCCUCUGUCGUGGAAAUCUUGGACUCUUCCGGUUUGCUCGAGGAAGUCACCGGGAAACGGGUUAUCUGUUCGCGCGGCGAAGGGGACGAACCAACGGGCAUUGACGGGCGUCGUCUUCGAGCCUUUUGAAGAGGUGAAGAAGGAGAUGGAUCUCGUUCCCACAGUUCCUCAGGUUUCUCUCGCUCGCCAAAAGUUCUCGGACGAGUCUGAAGCCGCGAUCAAUGAUCAGAUCAAUGUGGAGUACAAUGUCUCCUACAUUUACCACGCCCUGUAUGCCUACUUUGACAGAGACAAUGUCGCUUUGAAAGGUCUCGCCAAGUUUUUCAGAGAAUCGAGUGUCGAAGAGAGAGGGCAUGCGGAGAAGUUCAUGGAGUACCAAAACAAGCGUGGUGGGAGGGUCAAGCUUCUGUCAAUCCUGCCGCCAUUGGCAGAGUUUGAUCAUGCCGAGAAAGGAGAUGCCUUGUAUGCAAUGGAGCUUGCAUUGUCUCUGGAGAAAUUGACGAACGAGAAGCUCUUGAAAUUGCACAGGGUGGCCAUGAAGAACAACGAUGUUCAUCUGGUUGAUUUUGUCGAAACCGAGUUUCUGGGCGAGCAGGUUGAAUCCAUCAAGAGAAUCUCAGAGUACGUAGCUCAGUUAAGAAGAGUCGGUAAAGGUCACGGAGUGUGGCAUUUCGAUCAAAUGCUUCUGGAAGAAGGAGAAGAAGCUGUGGCUUGAUGAUUUUGGAAGUUCAGUUCAUUAGAUUUGGUCUCAGAAGUUUUAAGCUUUUUCAAGUAUACCUUUUUUUUUCCUUACAAAAAUAAAUUGGAGAUCCAUGAAACUAAUGGAAUGAUCAUGAAUCCAGAACCCCCUGUAACAUGCUGAAUGAUCAAAUCGGCCGUUGUCUGGUAUCCUCUCCGGGAUCCCAUAAACCCUAA